AUGCCCCCCGCCAACCUGUAUGCCAGCGCAGACUCCUUCGUGGCCCUCGGCGAAGACCGGUGCCAACUCAUCUGCCUGGUCGCCAAACUCUACAAAUUCAUCGACUACGACGGCAAAGCCUACGCCCUCGCCAAGGCCCACCUCACCGCCAGCUACGGCCGCGCCUUCGACUCCAUCGUCGACGUCCACAUCAAGCCCCCCAACAGCGCCUGGCGCCAGAUGGGCCCCCGCCUGCGCCACGCCCUCCUCGCCGACUCGAGGCAGUUCCGCAACGCCCUGAGGCUGCGCGAGCUCGAGCUCACCGAGUACGCCGGCGUCGUCGUCUUCUUCGACAAGUUCAAACGCCUGGUCCGCGAGCUCAUGCCCGAGAUGCGGUACAGGACCUCCAAGCACGUCCGCAGGACCAUGAUGAACGAGGACGACGCCUACUGGCGCAAGCGCUUCAAGCAACUCAGUAACGAACACACAACGCGGACGUCGCCAAAGCCGAGAACGAUGGCUACAUCCAGGGCGAGAAGAGUAUGA